AUGCUCGUGUGCAUACAAGUAUACAACAUCAGAUCACAACUUUCUAAACCGUCAGAGAUGACUACUAACACCAGGUCUAGUCUUCUAAGCACAUUGCCCAAGGAUAUACCAGCAAGCUUUCUGAAGCAAAUCACAGAUGAUUUCUCUCCUGCGCGAGAACUUGGUAAAGGUGCAUUUGGAACAGUCUACAAGGGAAUUGCGGAGAAUGGGGAAAUGAUUGCUGUGAAGAAACUUGGGGAAAACUCUCCUGUGGCAAAUGAGAAAACAUUUAGUAAUGAGAAGAAGGUGGUGCAACACAAUGGAAGAUAUAUCAUUGUAGAUAUAGCUGAAGUUUUUCUCUGCUAUGAAUAUCUACCUAUGGGAAGCCUUGACAAGUAUCUAUUUGAGGAUAUAUGGCUCCAGAAUAUCUAUAUAGAGAUAAGCACCGGAGAAAAGAAUAUUCCUAACGCUGAAGACAAGUGUGGACGAAAAUUUAUUGAGAAAGUACAAAAACGUUGGACGGAUGGCCACAUAUCAUCCAAGUACACAUCAUUUGAUCCAGAUCGCCUCCAGCAAAUUAAAAUGUGUGUUGAAAUUGGGUUACAAUGUGUGGAACAUGAACGCAAGAUGAGACCAUCCAUAGCGGAUAUUGUUGAAAAGCUCAAUGCAAUGCAGGAAUGA